CGCACCGACUUGCCCCGCCCGACAAGUCGAGCCACCAAGUCUCCUGGUGACGCUGCCGUGGGCUGUCAAACAAUCUCGAUAUGUCUUCACUCCCGCCGCCGCCGCCUCCUCCUGGCUGGGGGCCUCCUCCGCCGCCGCCAACCCCGCCGCCGCCGGGCCCUCCGUCCUCACUGCCUCCGCCUCCUGCGAUCCCGGCGCCGCCUCCUCCAGGCUACCUACCACCGACCGACCCGCAAAUCGCCAAGUUCGCGCAGAAGAAGAAAGAAUGGCUCCGCAUGCAGCGCAACCGAUUCGGCGAGAAGAGGAAGGGCGGUUUCGUGGAGACGCAAAAGGCCGACAUGCCUCCGGAGCACCUGCGCAAGAUCGUCAAGGAUAUCGGAGAUGUCUCGCAGAAGAAGUACACCAGCGACAAGCGCAGCUAUCUGGGUGCGCUGAAGUUCAUGCCGCACGCAGUAAUGAAACUGCUGGAGAACAUGCCGAUGCCGUGGGAAUCCGCGAGGGAGGUCAAGGUGCUAUACCACGUCAAUGGCUGCUUGACCCUUGUCAACGAGAUACCCCGGGUCAUCGAGCCAGUCUUCUUUGCGCAGUGGGCAACCAUGUGGACCACGAUGCGGAAAGAGAAGAGCGACCGGAGACUGUUCAAGCGCAUGCGGUUUCCGCCGUUCGACGACGAGGAGCCGCCCCUGUCCUGGUCCGAGAACAUCGAGGAUGUUGAGCCGCUGGAGCCUAUCCAGAUGGAACUCGACGAGGAGGAAGAGGCCCCCGUCUAUGAAUGGUUCUACGACCACCAGCCGCUUCUCGACACGUCGCACGUGAACGGGCCGAGCUACAGGAGAUGGAACCUUACGCUCCCGCAGAUGGCAAGCUUGUACCGCCUGAGUCUGCCGUUGGUGUCCGAUGUCGUGGACCCGAACUACUUCUAUCUCUUUGAGCUGAAGAGCUUCCUCACCGCCAAGGCGCUGAACGUGGCGUUGCCAGGCGGCCCUCGCUUCGAACCGCUCUACAAGGACAUCGACCCCAACGAUGAGGACUUCGGCGAGUUCAACGCGAUGGACCGCAUCAUUUUCCGCACCCCCAUCCGGACCGAGUGCCGUGUUUCCUACCCAUACCUGUACAAUGCGCUGCCGCGAAGCGUGCAUCUCUCCUGGCAUUCUCAUCCCCAGAUUGUGUAUUCCAGGACGGAGGAUCACAAUCUCCCUGCCUUUUAUUUCGACAGCAGCAUCAACCCCAUCUCCUCGCGGGCUGUUGCCCCGAAGAACAUCACGGUCAGCCACGAAGAUGAACUUUUUGGCCAGGGCAACAUCGAGGAGCCGGAGGAGGAGGCGUUUGAGCUCCCCGCUGCGGUUGAACCCUUCUUAGCGGACGAGGAGCUAUACACGGAAGACACAGCGUCCGCGAUUGAGCUGUGGUGGGCGCCCUACCCCUUCGACCGCCGGUCAGGGCGCAUGGUGCGGGCUCAGGACGUGCCCCUUGUCAAGCACUGGUACCUCGAGCACUGCCCGCCCAAGCAGCCGGUCAAAGUUCGGGUCUCCUACCAGAAGCUCCUCAAGACCUACGUGCUCAACGAACUGCACAAGAAGAGGCCCAAGUCACUGCAGAAGCAGAACCUGCUCAAGACUCUGAAGCAGACGAAGUUCUUCCAGCAGACGACGAUUGACUGGGUCGAAGCUGGCCUCCAAGUGUGCCGCCAAGGCUUCAACAUGCUCAACCUGUUGAUUCACCGGAAGAACCUCACAUACCUUCAUCUCGACUACAACUUCAAUCUCAAACCCGUCAAGACCUUGACGACCAAGGAGCGGAAGAAGUCCCGAUUUGGAAACGCCUUCCACUUGAUGCGAGAAAUUCUACGCCUGACUAAGCUCAUUGUCGAUGCUCAGGUGCAGUACCGGCUUGGAAACAUCGACGCUUUCCAACUCGCUGAUGGCAUCCUUUACGCCUUCAACCACGUCGGGCAGCUGACGGGCAUGUACCGAUACAAGUACAAGCUGAUGCACCAGAUUCGCUCUUGCAAAGAUCUGAAGCACUUGAUCUACUACCGGUUCAACGCUGGCCCGGUUGGCAAAGGGCCGGGCUGUGGCUUCUGGGCGCCCGCAUGGAGAGUUUGGCUGUUUUUCAUGCGCGGCAUCAUCCCGCUGCUCGAGCGCUGGCUUGGAAACCUUCUCUCGCGUCAGUUCGAGGGUCGCCACAGCAAGGGAGUGGCCAAGACCGUGACGAAGCAGCGUGUCGAAUCGCACUUCGAUCUGGAGCUGCGCGCCUCGGUCAUGGCUGACCUGAUGGACAUGAUGCCGGAGGGGAUCAAGCAGAGCAAGGUCAAUACGGUGCUGCAGCACCUCUCGGAGGCCUGGAGGUGUUGGAAGAGCAACAUUCCUUGGAAGGUGCCGGGCUUGCCUGCCGCCAUCGAGAACAUCAUCCUGCGUUACGUCAAGGCCAAAGCCGACUGGUGGAUAUCAGUCGCCCACUACAACCGAGAGCGCAUCCGCAGGGGCGCCACUGUCGACAAGACUGUGGCCAAGAAGAACGUCGGACGUUUGACCCGCCUGUGGCUCAAGGCCGAGCAGGAAAGACAGCACAACCACAUGAAAGACGGCCCGUACGUCUCGUCGGAGGAAGCUGUCGCAAUCUACACGACAACAGUCCAUUGGCUCGAGUCUCGGAAGUUUUCACCCAUCCCCUUCCCGAGCGUCUCGUACAAGCAUGACACGAAGAUCUUGAUCUUGGCGCUUGAGCGCUUGCGGGAGGCCUACUCCACCAAGGGCAGGUUGAACCAGAGCCAGCGGGAGGAGCUCGCUUUGAUCGAGCAGGCAUACGACAGCCCCGGGACCACCCUGGAGCGGAUCAAGCGCUUCCUCCUGACGCAGCGGGCGUUCAAAGAGGUCGGCAUCGAUAUGAACGACAACUACAGCACCAUCAAUCCCGUUUAUGACAUCGAGCCCAUCGAGAAGAUUAGCGAUGCCUAUCUCGACCAGUAUCUCUGGUACCAAGCCGAUCAGCGCCACCUGUUCCCUGCCUGGAUCAAGCCUUCUGAUUCCGAAGUACCGCCGCUUCUCGUCUACAAGUGGUGUCAGGGCAUCAACAACCUCGACAGGGUCUGGGAAACAGCGAAUGGGGAGUGCAACGUCAUGAUCGAAACGCAGCUGUCGAAGGUCUACGAGAAGAUCGAGCUGACCCUGCUCAACUCGCUCCUGCGCCUAAUCAUGGAUCACAACUUGGCGGACUACAUCACUGCCAAGAACAAUGUCACACUGACUUACAAAGACAUGAGUCACGUCAACAGCUACGGCAUGAUCCGCGGGCUUCAGUUCUCUGCAUUCGUCUUCCAGUACUACGGCCUGAUCCUCGACCUCUUGCUUCUUGGCCCUCAGCGUGCGUCGGAGAUUGCGGGGCCGCCCCAGAGUCCCAACGAUUUCCUCCAGUUCCAGGACCGCGAGACAGAAACGAGACAUCCUAUCAGGCUCUACACCAGGUACAUCGACAAGAUCUGGGUGUUCCUGCGCUUCACCGCCGACGAGUCUAGGGACCUCAUUCAACGCUUCCUCACGGAACAGCCUGAUCCUAACUUUGAGAACGUGAUCGGCUACAAGAGCAAGAAGUGUUGGCCCAGGGAUUCCCGCAUGCGCCUGAUGAGACACGAUGUGAAUCUUGGGAGGGCCGUUUUCUGGGACCUCAAGAACCGGCUUCCGAGGUCGGUGACGACGAUUGAGUGGGACGACACGUUCGCUAGCGUGUACAGCAGGGACAACCCCAACCUGCUGUUCUCAAUGUGCGGCUUUGAAGUGCGCAUUCUGCCCAAGAUUCGUAACCAGAAUGACGAGUUCCCAGUCAAGGACAGCGUCUGGUCGCUGGUGGACAACACCACGAAAGAACGGACGGCACACGCCUUCCUCCAGGUGACCGAAGAGGACAUCCAGAAGUUCAACAAUCGCAUCCGCCAGAUUCUGAUGUCGUCCGGCUCCACAACCUUCACCAAGAUCGCCAACAAGUGGAACACCGCCUUGAUCGCCCUGUUCACGUACUACCGCGAGGCGGCGGUCUCGACGGUGAAUCUGCUUGAUACGAUUGUCAAGUGCGAGACCAAGAUUCAGACUCGCGUCAAGAUUGGCCUCAACUCCAAGAUGCCCUCGCGUUUCCCGCCCGCUGUGUUCUACACGCCCAAGGAACUCGGCGGCCUCGGCAUGAUUUCGGGCUCUCACAUCUUGAUUCCGGCAAGUGACAAACGCUGGUGCAAGCAGACCGAUGUCGGUAUCACCCACUUCCGAGCGGGCAUGUCCCACGACGAAGAAACCUUGAUUCCGAACAUCUUCCGUUAUAUCAUUCCAUGGGAGGCCGAGUUCAUCGAUUCGCAGCGCGUGUGGACGGAGUAUUCGCAGAAGCGCCUCGAGGCGAACCAGCAGAACAGGAGACUGACGUUGGAGGAUCUCGAGGAUAGCUGGGAUCGCGGAUUGCCCCGCAUCAACACGCUAUUCCAAAAGGACCGCAGCACUCUCAGCUUCGACAAGGGAUUCCGCGCCCGGGCGGAGUUCAAGAUCUACCAGCUCAUGAAGAGCAACCCGUUCUGGUGGACAAGCCAGAGACAUGACGGCAAGCUGUGGAAUCUCAAUGCCUACCGGACCGAUGUCAUCCAAGCCCUGGGUGGUGUCGAGACCAUCCUAGAGCACACCCUCUUCAAGGCGACCGGUUUCCCGUCCUGGGAAGGCCUGUUUUGGGAGAGGGCCUCGGGCUUUGAGCAGUCCAUGCAGUUCAAGAAGUUGACCAACGCCCAGCGGUCUGGUCUGAAUCAGAUUCCCAACCGACGCUUCACCCUCUGGUGGUCUCCAACUAUCAACAGAGCGAACGUUUAUGUCGGUUUCCAAGUGCAGCUGGAUCUCACUGGUAUCUUUCUCCACGGAAAGAUCCCGACGUUGAAGAUCUCGCUCAUCCAAAUCUUCCGGGCUCACUUGUGGCAAAAGAUUCACGAGUCUGUUGUCAUGGAUCUCUGCCAGGUCUUCGACCAGGAGCUGGAGGCUUUGAGCAUCGAGUCGGUGCAGAAGGAGACUAUCCACCCCAGGAAGUCUUACAAGAUGAACAGCUCUUGCGCAGACAUCCAGCUGUUCGCAAGCCACAAGUGGAACGUCACUCGGCCAUCGCUCCUCUUCGACAACAAGGAUGUGAUUGAGCCGACCACGACGAGCAAGUUCUGGAUCGACGUGCAGCUUCGCUACGGCGACUACGACUCCCACGACAUCGAGAGAUACGUCAGGGCGAAGUACCUUGACUACACGACAGACAGCAUGAGCCUGUACCCGUCCCCGACGGGCCUGAUGAUCGGUAUUGACCUGGCGUACAACCUCUACUCAGCUUACGGGCAAUACUUCCCGGGGCUGAAGACCCUCAUCCAGCAGGCGAUGGCCAAGAUCAUGAAGGCAAACCCGGCGCUCUACGUGUUGCGCGAGCGCAUUCGCAAAGGUCUGCAGCUCUACGCAUCCGAGAGCAACCAAGAGUUCCUGAACUCCCAGAAUUACUCGGAGUUGUUCAGCAACCAGACACAGCUCUUCAUCGACGACACCAACGUCUAUCGGGUCACGAUCCACAAGACAUUUGAAGGCAACCUAACGACGAAGCCGAUCAAUGGCGCCAUCUUCAUAUUCAACCCCCGCACGGGCCAGCUGUUCCUCAAGAUCAUCCACACCAGUGUCUGGGCUGGACAGAAACGUCUAGGCCAACUGGCAAAGUGGAAGACGGCCGAAGAAGUUGCGGCCCUGAUCAGGUCGCUUCCUGUCGAAGAGCAGCCGAAGCAGCUGAUCGUCACGCGCAAAGGCCUGCUCGAUCCUCUGGAAGUCAACCUCUUGGAUUUCCCCAACAUCUCCAUCCGUGCGUCGGAGCUGCAGCUGCCCUUCCAAGCUGCUAUGAAGGUGGAAAAGUUGGGCGAUAUGAUCCUGCGUGCCACGGAACCCCAGAUGGUGCUUUUCAACCUCUACGACGAGUGGCUCAAGAGCAUCUCGUCGUACACUGCCUUCUCCCGCCUGAUCCUCAUCCUCAGAGCCUUGCACGUCAACCAAGACAAGACGAAGCUCAUCCUCCGGCCAGACAAGACGGUGAUCACCCAGGACCACCAUAUCUGGCCAUCUCUCUCGGAUGAGGACUGGAUCAAGGUGGAAAUGCAGCUGCGCGACCUGAUUCUCAAUGACUACGGCAAGAAGAAUAACGUGAAUGUCUCGAGUCUGACGACCAGCGAAGUCCGGGAUAUCAUUUUGGGGAUGGAGAUCUCGGCACCCUCGUUGCAGAGACAGCAGGCCGCCGAGAUUGAGAAGCAGCAGCAAGCGCAGCAACAGCUCACUGCUGUCACGACCAAAACGCAGAAUGUUCACGGAGAGGAGAUCAUCGUCACGACAACGUCGCAGUUCGAGCAGCAGACGUUUGCCUCCAAGACGGAGUGGCGCACUCGGGCCAUCGCCACGUCGAACCUGCGCACGCGAGCCAACAACAUGUAUGUGGCGCCGGUGGACAGCGACCUGGACGAGAUCACGUACGUGAUGCCGAAGAACAUUCUCAAGAAGUUCAUCACGAUCGCGGACCUCCGGGUGCAGGUCGCUGGCUAUCUCUACGGAUCGUCGCCUGGCGACAAUGACCAGGUCAAGGAGAUCAAAUGCAUUGUCAUGGUACCGCAGAUUGGCGGGCUGCGCAACGUCCAGCUUCCGCAGCAGCUUCCCCAGCACGAGCUGCUCAGGAACCUGGAGCCCCUCGGCAUCAUCCACACCAUGUCCGGCAACGAACUCCCGUACAUGUCUGCGAUGGACGUCACGAACCAUGCCAGAUUGGUCGACGCUCACAGCUCCUGGGAUGAACAAAAGACGUUGACGAUAACUGUGUCGUUCACUCCCGGUAGCGUCUCGCUCUCAGCGUGGGCCCUCACUCCGCAGGGCUUCAAAUGGGGAGCAGAGAACAAGGACAUGGGCAGCGACCAGCCUCAGGGCUUCACGACAGCAAUGGGCGAGAGGCGGCAGCUGCUGCUCAGCGACAAGUUCAAAGGCUUCUUCCUGGUCCCUGACACCGGCAAGUGGAAUUACAGCUUCAUGGGCAGCGCCUUUGGCGGCCUGGAGAAGAAGCCAAUCCAUGUGAAGCUGGACACUCCCAUGCCGUUCUACAGCGACCAGCACCGUCCGAUUCACUUCUCCAGCUUCAACGAGUUGGAGGACAUUUGGGUCGACAGGCAGGACAAUUUUGCAUAGACAUCGUCGGCGAGGGGCCUGGGAAGAGAGUGGUGCUGCUUGUUGCUUCUACGGCGCACCGGCACAGAGGUGGGCGGAUGUGGAUGGUGAGCGAGCAUUUAGCGAGUGGGAGAGUCGCGUGCGGGAACAUCAGACUGUUUGAUCAGCGGUCCGGGAAUCCGGUUGGUGGCCUUGGUUUGGGUCCGGGGAGAAGAAGCAACG